AUGGGACUCAUCCAAGCAAGUGUCUCCGGAUACUUCCCAUACAUCACGCUUUCUCACCGCUGGGGUGAAGGCGAGCCAUUAUUACGCGACAUCGAGGGGCGCGUGAUAUAUGAUAUGCCAGUGAGAGGGGGCUUUAGAAAGCUCCAAGCCUUCUGUGCUGUUGCUUGCGAGCUGGAUUACUUAUGGGCCUGGAGCGACACGUGCUGCAUCGACAAACACAGCAGUGCCGAGGUGCAAGAAACGAUUGGAUCAAUGUUUGUGUGGUAUCGAAAAUCCGCGUUGACCAUUGUAUACCUUUCUGACAUUUCCGAUACCGGUUUGCUCGGGACCAGCGAAUGGUUCAGGCGUGGGUGGACCCUCCAAGAACUACUGGCUCCCCGAACGGUACUAUUCUACACCCAAAAUUGGUCACUUUACAAGAAUCUAACGUCCUCGAAUCAUAAAAUGGAUGCCGCUGUGUUGGAAGACUUGGAAAGAACAACUAGAAUAGAGUCCCGGUUCCUCACUAACUUUUCUCCGGGCAUGGAUGAUGCACGUUCCAGACUCCAAUGGGCCUCACUGCGUCGUACCACCCGGCCUGAGGAUAUCGCCUACUCACUUUUUGGGAUCUUUAAUCUUCACCUACCCGUUCUGUAUGGCGAAUCUGCUGAGGACUCGCUUGGCCGUCUCCUAACGGAAAUCAUAUCGCGGUCGGGGGAUAUCUCGGUUCUGGAUUGGAUCGGGGAGGCAUCAUCAUUUCAUAGCUGUUUCCCUGCUCAUAUUAAAUCGUAU